AUGGCUAUGCUCGGGAUGGGCAUCUUCUACGGCGGCGUCAUCACGGGGAUUCCCGUGGUGACGGGCGUGGCCGAGGGCGUGCACCAUCAGAAAGAGCAGAACAAGGAAGCCGCCAACGAGACGCGCAUGGUCAAGUUCUACAUGGACGUCUUCUGCGACGCCAAGAGCAGCAAGAGGGACGAGCUGGACGGGGGCAUCAUUGUGUUACACAAGGAACGAGUCUACGUAUGCCCCAAGGACGAAGCGACGGGCAUGCCGGCGUCGCCCGGGAAGCCGGGCGUCGCGACGCCGCCGCCGCCGCCGCACCCCUUCACCGGCUUCUACAUCAUGUACCCGGACGACGACCGCGACCCGCGCGAGCGCGGGCUCGUGUCGACGAUCCCGACGGAGCCGCCGAUGCUCAACUGGCUGUACGUCGACCGCGACGCGUGCUUCGUCACGCACGGCAACCGCACGCAGAGCAUCGCCCACCUCGUCGGCCCGUGGGACUGGACCGACGACGAGGAGGGCGUCACGCUCGAGGGGUGGGAGGGGUUCGUCGCCGUCGAGCUGGGCGAGGAUGAGGCGGUGGACGGGCUGCGGUGGCAGCUGUAUUACGAUCGCUGGGACGACAAGCUCGGCAAGGGCAAGGCGGUGGGCGGCAGGAGGGUGCUGCCGGUGAGUUUGGAGAGGAGGGUGCUGCCCGAGGAGCUGAGGAAGCAGCAGGAGGAGGAGGCGGAGAAGAAGAUGCAGGUUAAGAGCACUGGGGACUUGAAGACGAAGCUGGAUCUGAAGGAUCCGAAGGAGCAUCGGCCGUGGAAGUGA